UACCUUCUCUCACUUCUCAUUGAAAUUAUCAAAUUCAUUUCUCAUAAAAGCAUUCACCAAAAUCUGGAAAAAAGUUUCAACAAAGAAAAAAAAAGCCAGAAAAUAAUCAAAUAAGUACAAGUAAAAUGGUGCAUGAGUGAUAGGUGUUGGUGUAUAUGCAUGACACCAAAUUCAAUGAAGAGAUUCAUAAUAACUCUACCUCAGAAAUUUUUCAUUUAUAAAAAGCCUACUUGAGAGAAAAAAAAAAUCAUAUCAAGUUUUUUCUUUUCCUUUCAAAUUUCUAGAGGUUUUUCAUUCUGAUAUGGCAGCUUCAUUUUCAGCAGCAUCUUUCUUUACAAUCCCAGAAGAGAAUCAGAAUGAGAUGAAUCAACAAAAUUCAUCAUCAUCAACAACUCCACCUGCACCACCACCUCAGAAGAAAAGAAGAAACCAACCUGGAACACCAUAUCCAGAUGCUGAGGUGAUAGCACUAUCUCCAAGGAGCCUAAUGGCAACAAACAGAUUUGUAUGUGAGGUGUGUCAAAAAGGGUUUCAAAGAGAGCAAAAUUUGCAACUUCAUAGAAGAGGACACAAUCUACCUUGGAAGCUAAAGCAGAAGAGUAACAAAGAGCCAAAGAGAAAGGUUUAUCUGUGUCCUGAGCCUUCUUGUGUUCAUCAUGACCCUUCUAGAGCUCUUGGAGACCUAACUGGAAUCAAGAAGCACUUUUCUAGGAAGCACGGUGAGAAAAAGUGGAAAUGUGAAAAGUGUUCUAAGAAGUAUGCUGUUCAAUCUGAUUGGAAAGCUCAUUCUAAGACUUGUGGGACUAGAGAGUAUAGAUGUGACUGUGGAACUCUCUUCUCAAGAAGAGACAGUUUCAUCACACAUAGAGCCUUUUGUGAUGCACUUGCUCAAGAAAGUUCAAGACAACCACAAUUACCAACCUUAAUCACCAACACUUCCAUUAACAACUCCCAAUUAUUUGGAAACAUUAGCAACAACAAUAUGUCAUUAGCCUUAUCUCAAAUUCCUCAACAACAGAUCUCAUCAACUCAUAACCAAAACGACACCAACCAAUCCACUGAAAUCUUGCGUUUUGGCAACCAUAACAUUCUAUCCCCACCCCCACAACAUCCUCUUCACACCCCUCCAUUUAACUUCAUCACACAACCACCAAACCAAAAUUUCCAUCAUCAUGAUCAACAAUCUCAAACAUUCCAAGGACUAAUAUCAUUGUCUGAACUCAACAAUAACAAUUUGUUUUCUGAAAAUUUCAACCAUGAAGAGUUCUUUUCUCAAAAUCCAUUAAUGUGUGAUCAUAAUAAUAACCAAACAAAUCCUAUCUCACCUCACAUGUCAGCUACAGCACUUCUUCAAAAAGCUUCUCAAAUGGGUGCAACAUCAAGCACAAACAACAACAAUAACACUAGUGCUUCUUCAUUACUAAGAAGCUAUGGCAGUUCAUCUUCUUCUUCUUCUCUAGCAACAAAGGUUAAUGGUGGUGAUGGACUCACUAGAGAUUUUCUUGGAGUUGGUCAAAUAGUAAUGAGAAACAUGAAUGGAGGAGUUUCACAAAGAGAGCAAAGAAACUUCAACGUGGAAGCUGAGAAAAACGCUGCAGCGUUUGGUAGUGGAGGGAACUUUGAGUGAUUGUAUGAAUCUUUGUUGGACAUGCAAUUGAAGAAAAAUACAAAAGCUUUUUGCAGGAUAUGUCUUCUUGUUCCAUAAGAAAAUGACUCUUAUAAGUCCAUCUAAAUCAGUUUUUGGGAGCAAUAUUGCGGAAUCAUAUUGGAGUUAAACCAUGUAUAUAAUAUAUAAGUCUAGCAUGAAAAGAAAGUUAUGGAAGUUGGAAGCACAUGAAAGUUAAUAUUGAGAUAUAUUUCAAACAUUUUUCUGUAAACUUUUCAUGGUUUAACUUAAUAGGUUUUGUUCGGAGACGUUUUAAUAUGUAAAUUGGAGUAUAGGUCAUAGCGUUCUAUAGUAUAUCAUAUAUAGAAAUAUUAUAUCAUCAUAUGUAUAUGGUUGUUGAAUCCUCAUUUUGCCUAUUGAGAGAUAGGGAUAUGUACUCUAAUUCUUUAAUUGUAAGGGUUGGAAUAUCCUGCUACUCUUUCUAUCUAUAAUAUUAUUUUCUCUUUAA